AGAACAGCCAUUGGAAUGACUCCCAGCUGAAAUGUCAUCGCAACUGAAUGUUGGGAACACGAACAAGAAACAGGCACUUUGCUGCAGUGAAUAAGAGAAUCAGAUCCUUCUGAAAAGGCCGCCGAUUUUAAUGACUCCGAAAUCACUUGACAAGCAGCGGGGACUCAUUUGAGAGCAAGUGUGCUUACGCAAAGCUACAAUCAUGCGCCUGUGCUGAGAUAGAGCUGAGGCUGAUUGAAAGUGGGUUGGAGUCUCGGUCGAGCAGAGGCAGCAGCCAGCAACGUCGUGCGAGGUGGCAGUGACAGCCGGGUUGAGUUUUGAUGUAGGCACAGUAGCCUAACAGUCAGGUUGGAAACUUGACUUUAGUGAUACAAGAGCAACAUGUGGCGAUUCAACUGGUCGUGCAAUGUCCACUGUCGGUAUGCUAUGUUGUUGUAAUGUGGGUCCGGUCUUUGUAACGGGUAGACAGACAUGCUUGGUGCUCCCGUCUUCGACAUGCGUAACCGUGAAAGUUGUUUUGUUUGACUUGAAAAAAUAUGCAUCUGUUCCGGAGUUACAAUUAUCGAAUUUUCCCGGAUCAUUAUUCUGUGGAAACAUCGACCAUUCGAGGCAUCAGUUGGACCCCACUGCCAGAGGCCCUUGACACACAGGACACCAUGAAGCAGUUUCUGUCGGAUCGAAUUCUGAAGGCAGCCAGGGUGGUGUACAGUGCCUUGAUAGAGCGUAGCCCUGGCCUGAUCAGAGACAGAAAGCAUCACCUGAAGACCUACAGACAAUGUUGUUCGGGGAAAGAGCUUGUUGAUUGGCUGAUGAAGCUAAACGAAUGCUUCCAAUCAAGGAGCCAGGCAGUUGGCAUGUGGCAAGUCCUGGUGGAUGAAGGAAUCAUUGUUCAUGUGAAGCAGGAGUUAAACUUCCAUGACAAAGACACCCAAUUUUACCGCUUCCUGGAUUUGGAGUUCGGACUGAACCACAUGACCAAUGAGAAGGACCAAUUAGACGAUGAGCUGCAGGAGGGUUUGUCGUUAUUACUGCAGAUUGGUCCAGAUGCUCUUUUGACCAUGAUUUUACGUAAAUGCCCCAGCCAGCGUAGUGCGGAGGACAUGGAGGUGAUCUAUGAGGAGCUGCUUCAUGUCAAGGCUGCUGCUCACCUCUCCACCUCAGUCCGUAAGGAGUUGGCAGCAGUGCUGAUGUUUGAGUCCCAUGCCAAAGCAGGCACAGUCUUGUUCAGUCAGGGAGACAAAGGCACUUCCUGGUACAUCAUCUGGAAGGGCUCUGUCAAUGUCAUCACACAUGGAAAGGGCCUGGUGACGACGUUACAUGAGGGAGAAGACUUUGGGCAGCUGGCCCUGGUGAACGAUGCUCCCAGAGCAGCCACCAUCAUCCUGAGAGAGGACAACUGCCACUUCCUACGAGUCGACAAACAGGACUUCAUACGCAUCCUCAAGGAUGUGGAAGCGAACACCAUGCGUCUGGAGGAACAUGGUAAAGCUGUGCUGGUGCUGGAGAAGGCUGAGUCAACCAAUCCUGGAGGGGCAGGAAACAGCAGCAAGUAUACAGUGAUGGCUGGAACUCCAGAGAAGAUCCUAGAACACCUGCUUGAGACAGUGAAGCUGGAUACUAAUGGCAGUGAUGCUAUAGAUCCCUGUGUGAGCGACUUCCUGCUAACCCACAGGGUCUUCAUGCCCUCCAGCCAGCUUUGCCCGGCCCUGCAACACCACUACCAUGCUGAGCCUUCUGAGGGCUCAGAUCUGGAGAAGGCAGCCUAUGCCCUCAACACCAAGCAGAAGAUAGUGAAGUUGAUUUGCCAGUGGGUGGCGCUGUUCGGCCAGCUGCUCAAAGAUGACCCCAUCGCUGUAGACUUCCUGGAGACGCUGGGGGAGGAGGUGGCAGGUGACUCCCGUCUGUCCAGUAUGCUGAGGGAGCAGCUCAGAGACAGGAGGAGAACGAGAAUGCUUGAGAAUGAACUCGGGUCACUGACAAGGCUUAACCAUCAGUUUGACUGGUUUUCCAGUUGUGAGGAGCCAGUGGGGAAGUGUCUGCCAAUCAGAUCAAAGGACAAAGUAUUGUAUGAGAUCUUCCGGCCAGACCAUACGUCAAUCACUCUGAUGCUGCCGGUGAACACCUCUGUUCAGGAAAUGAUGUCAUCGCUGGUAAAUCCAGGAGGAGACCACGUCCUGGUCAAAAUGAACUCCAUGGGAGACAGGGCUCAGCUGAAGCUGGACGCCACAGCAGUCUACACCUCCCUGGGGCUGAAUGAGAGACUGUUCCUCUGCACUGCCACCCAGGUGGAACAACUGAUGCCCCUGAAGGAGCAGCAGGGCCCUGAUCAGAGCACCAUUGACACUUUGGAGCAGAUGUGUUCCAAGGACAUCGCCAGCCAGCUCACCAACUACGACUGGGAACUGUUUACCGCCAUGCAUGAGGUGGAACUAGUGUACUAUAUAUUUGGGCGACAUAAAUUCCAAGGCGCCACCACAGCUAACCUGGAGCGUUUUGUGCAUCGCUUCAACGAGGUGCAGUACUGGGUGGUGACGGAGGUGUGUCUGUGUGCUGACCUGAUGAAGAGAGCCAUGCUGCUGAAGAAGUUCAUCAAGAUGGCCGCCAUGUUGAAGGAGCAGAAAAACCUCAAUUCAUUCUUUGCUGUGAUGUUUGGUCUAAGCAACAGUGCUGUACAGAGACUUUACAAGACCUGGGAGAGAGUGCCGAGUAAGACGAAAAGGGUCUAUUGUGCCUACGAGAGGUUAAUGGAUCCAUCACGUAAUCACAGAGCCUACAGACUGGCUGUGGCAAAGCUCAGUCCUCCCUACAUCCCCUUCAUGCCCCUGCUACUAAAAGACAUGACAUUCAUCCACGAGGGAAACAAGAACUACACUGAAAAACUGGUCAAUUUUGAGAAAAUGCGCAUGAUUGCCAAGACAGUGAAGAUCGUUCGAGGGUGCAGAAGCACGCCUUACGUGCCUUCCUCGCCUCAGAAGGGGCUCGCAGACAGAAUGUUUCUGGAGGCGCCUUCCAUUCGGGUGUCCACGUAUUCGGAGCAGUCCCUCCCUCUCCGGAAUCCCAGCAACAUCCGCCACUAUGUUCAGAACUUUGAAGUGAUCGACAACCAGCGCAAACUGACACAACUGUCCAGGGGAAUGGAGCGCUGAGUGCUGAACCAGACCAGUGUAUAAGUACUGUAUCUACAUAUCUCUGUGUAUAAAGACGGUCUAUAAGACAGCCUGUGAAUAAGAGGUUGGCAGGGGAAUACACACACCUCCAUGGUCAUACUAAUCCACAUGCAAGCUCUUCUAUAGACUCGUGUGCAUGUCCGGUGUCAAGAAUGGAGGACUGUGGAUGUUUCUGGGCUGUUCAGUAUCACACAGAGCGCAGUCAAGAGAAGCAGCUGUUUGGACUGCUAAUCAAGUGACUAGGACCUGAGGAGGGAUCCGACUGGCAGUAUCUAGUGACCCCUAGUGCCUUACCAGAGGUGUUGCUGGUCCUGUGACUGCUGUUUCUGAUACCACUUACACUCCGGAGGAAGAAGUGCAUAUUUUUGGCAUUAGUCAUUAUUUAUACGAUCAUAUGUAUAGCAGACUAUUUGUAUGAUAAUCUUAUGGUUUCACAAGUGCCAUAUACGGGUUGGGGCAAACGAGACGGUGUUGGCUGAGAUUGUUGACAACAUGUAAACUAUAUUUAGUCUCCAAUGUUUUUUGAAAACAAAUGCAUUUGCACAAUGAGCACUUCUCUCAAAUACAUCGUUACAGUUGUUGGUUAGCUAGCUAGCGAUUUAUAUUUGCUAUAUUAGCAUAGAUGUGACAUCAGUCAAAACACCUCAAAACAAGACAUGGUAUCAAGAACAAGAUACAAACUAGUUGAAACGAGCCACCUACGAUUCCCCACUGGCAGCUUCUUGUCAUUGUUGCUAGCUAUCUGGCCAUUCUGAAUCACAACACAGACUUCUGCACCAUUGAAGCGAAUGCGUCGUUUUAAUGACGUUGUUAGCUAACGCCUUGAUCACACCGAUAGUGUUUAGCACAAAAUAGGACGCAGCAUCAUCUGGAUGUGUGCAACAAAGUUCAACAUUCAUCUUCUGCUACCAUUUCUGUCAAGCCGUCAACGCAUAAAUCCAACGUAUGUACCACACAGAACGCACUGCAACGCAAUGCUGCAAGGCAAACGCAGCGUUCCAUUUGAAAUAAAUGUACUUUCGGUGUACCAAAUUGCCAAACAAUGUUGGUGUGAUCGAUGUGUAACCCGUCUACAUAAGCACAUACAGCAGAGCAGAUAUAUGCUAUAGCAUGCAGUUAUGGAGUGUUUGUUUAGACCUUUUUCCACUUUGUAAUACAACUGUGUACAAUAAAUAGUUUAGCAAUCAGCUAUGUUGCCAGAACGCAUACACAAACGUGUAAAACAUUUCAUACCAUGUACGUUUAUUUUUUUCUAAAUAAAUUAUUUUCUGAAUGAUGUGUA